CACCCGCUUGCCUUUGUUUUCAAGCACACAAUACAUCAUCAUUGCUGAAUAGGAAUCUGAAUAUGAAGUCAGAAGGUUUGCGCCUGAUAGCUGCAUUUCUUGCAGGGUUUCUUUUAGUUCCGCUCCUUUUUCUUUUCUUUGUACAAUCUUCAAAAGAGGCAGACACAGAAGAACAUGCCAAUGGAAUCUACAACCCGCCCCAAGAUCAAGCGUUUAAUCUCAAACUCAACCCAAACAAGAAGUUCAUAAUCGUAUUGGCAGCAUUUCGGAGUGGGUCUACGUUUUUAGGAAAUCUGUUCGACAGUAAUCCUACGUUGCAUUACAUGUUUGAGCCGUUUCACAGUGCUCAUAUCCGGAACCUUCGUACCAGAGGUGCUCUAUUCGGAGUGAGACCUGACCACACGGAGAGUGACUUGAGGAUGUUGUAUCUCCAGCAGAUGUUACACAACUGUACCAUCUACCUCACUCCAUUUCCUGAAAAGCACCAGUGGUGUGGUACCGAAGAGGAACAUCUACAUCGCUUCAAUUCGACAGAGUGCGUGAGGAAGAUGUGGAAGAACGGAGUGUCACAACAAGAGAUCUGUAGAUACCGGAACACUACCGUGAUCAAGGUUAUAAGACUAGAGGAUCUGUCUGAUAUCCUGAAAAUAGCCCAGAUAAGAUCAGCGAAUAUCCAGAUUAUCCAGCUCCUAAGACACCCUGUGCCUUUGAUGAUGUCUCGACGUACUGGAGGCAAAGCUUUUAUGUGGGACGACAGAACUAAAGUCGAACCCGAUACUAAUAAUGGUAGCGACAUCACUCACAGGCGAACCAAAAUAGCAUGGGAAUCGUUUAACUACUGUAACAACCACUUGAAGGCUAUGGAGCUGGUUGAAAAUGAUCCUUGGCUGAAAGACAGAUACUUGAGAGUCACUCAUCAUGAAAUGUCACUUAAACCUCUCGAAACUGCAGAGAAGGUUUACUCAUUUAUUGGGGCUACUCUAACCGAUGGUAUUAAAGAGUACAUUCGAAAUAUAACUGAAGCCGAAUCAGAAGGGUUUAGAAAUGCGCCUACACAUGCUUUAAAUGUGUACAGGAAUUCUACGGAUAUUGCCACAAAAUGGAAGGAAUUGGUCUCGGCAACGGUUAAAUAUCGGGACGUUUUCACCAUUGAAGCUCAGUGUAAACGGAUGUUUAAACCAUUGAUACAUGAAUUUUCUGUUGACACAAUACCUGACUUACAGCUGAUGAAAAUAAACUCAGCAUUAGAUGUGUUAUAUGACGAAAUUGAUUUUGAAGAAUCUGAUGAACCAGCUAUUUCCAUAGAUGACAAUUGAAAAAGCACUCAUAUCAGCACUGACUGCAUGGAGUUAUCAGCUUUAAAUAAUUAAAUGUGUGAUUAUUUGCUCAUCAUUAUUUAUUGUUUACUAUCAUA